AUGUCUCCGCAACCUCUCAGUAUUAUUGGCGCUGGCCUUGGAGGUGUCACGCUCGGGAGAGCUCUGCUGGAGAGAGGAAUUCCCGUUGUGCUAUACGAACGCGCUACAUCGGCACCUAGACAUGGCUAUGGCAUUAGUCUACACGCGUCCACAUAUAAGCCAUUGCUCAAGAUGCUGAAUAUGGACGAGUCAACCUUCAGAAAGAGCGUUGCUGUCGAUGCUGCUGUAGGCGGAAAUGGUGCAAUUGACCCCAAGAGACUGGUCUGUCCUCGCGAAGUGACAUCUACAUCAUUCCGUGCACACCGCGAAAGGCUGGAGAAGCUGAUACGACAAGGACUGGAUAUCAAGUGGGAGCAUGGCCUGGAGAAGUUGGAUCAGACACCUAACGGCACUACACUAUACCUCCAGAACGAAAGCAGCAUCGAAGGUCAAACAUGCAUUGUUGGUGCGGACGGCGUGCACUCUCUCACGAGAAAGUCUAUUCUGAGAGAAGCUGGUUUGGAUGUCUUACCUUUCGUCACCUUCAAUGGAAAGAGAAAGGUGAGCAGAACCACUUUCGACGAUGUUUACGCUCCAGCUUUGAGAGGAUCCAAUGUCAUCGAAACUCACAACAACGGUGCUUUCCUACAAGUCUCUGUCAACGACAUUACAACCGAUCAAGCCAGUGUGAGCUGGGUGUAUUCACGUCCAGCCAAAGGAUCAAGCGACCAUUGUUUCAAGCCAAAUCGACUACUCUCCGACGCUACCAAGAUUCCCAAUGAAUUCUACCAGGAAGUUACUGCACUUGAGGGUCUCUCUCCGCCAUUCUCGGAAAUCUUUGAUGCGGACAAGAUGAAGGAAGACCGUGUGUUGACAUGGUUGAUGCGCACCUCGAAUGUCGAUCUUCCUCAACUCUAUCAACUUGCCUCUAAUGGUAUCUUCUUGAUGGGUGACUCGGCACAUUCUCAAGCCAUCCUCGGUGGUGAAGGAGCCAACAUCGCCAUCUCCGAUGGAUUAACGCUUGCGGAAGCCAUUGCUGCCAAGCAGGGUGAGACGAUUACGAAUUGGUACAGCAAACGCUUCCCGGCCUGGGAGGAGAGUUUGAAGACGAGCAAGGCGACGAUUGAGGACAUGCACAAAGAGGAGGCUCCCAAAGUUAAGGUCUAG